AUGACCAGCCUGCCAUGCGUCGCCGGUGCCGGGCGGUGGACUGUCGGCUGCGAGGACGGUCGCAUUUGCGCGAGGCGAGGCGAGCAUUCAGGCGCGUUGCAAGGCCUCGAGGCCUCGACAGGCCUCGACAGGCCUCGACAGGCCUCGACAGGCCUCGAUCCAAAUUCGGGUCGGAGCGUAGCGGAGUGGGACCCGAGUUUGAAAAGGGCGACGGACGCUUGCGUACUAGCCUCCAACAACGCCUCCCCGGCGCAGUCGCGCAGAGGGGCCCCCGGAGGGAUGCUCAACCGCCCCACGCCACGCCGCUUGCGGCGGUCCUAA